UCAAUCAAAACUAAGCAUAAUGGCUACGGAUCAACGGAAACCACUCCCUUUCAUUGCGAAUUUCGCCGCCGGCGCAAUUGCUGGUGUCUCCGAGAUUCUGACAUUUUACCCUCUAGGUGAGUUGCGUUCAUCUCAUAAGACGCCUGCUCACUCGUGAUCCAGAUGUCGUAAGUAUACCUGUACAUAUGGCGCUUGGGUACGAUGACGGAGCGUGACUCAGGUGAAAACUCGCAUGCAACUUGAGACCGGAAAGGCCAAGCAUGGAAUGGUUGGCACUCUAUCGUCUAUAGUGCGGGAAGAAGGUUUCGGCCGACUUUACCGAGGCUUGGUCCCUCCUCUUCUUCUUGAGGCGCCGAAGCGCGCGGUUAAGUUCGCUGCCAAUGACUUCUGGGGGAAGACUUAUAUGGGCUUAUCUGGAGAAUCUAAGAUGACGCAGCAACUCUCUAUCUUGACAGGGUGCAGUGCUGGUGCGACGGAGAGUUUUGUUGUCGUUCCGUUUGAGCUUGUCAAGAUUAAGCUGCAAGAUAAAACCAGUACAUUCGCUGGUCCUAUCGAUGUAGUCAAGCAGGUCAUCAAGAAGGAAGGUCCUCUUGGUCUCUAUGCCGGCAUGGAGGCAACUUUCUGGAGGCACUUCUGGUGGAAUGGUGGAUAUUUCGGAUGUAUCCAUCAAGUCCGUAGUAUGAUGCCACCGGCUGAGACGCAGCAAGGGCAGUUGUUCAAUAAUUUUGUUUCUGGCAGUGUAGGUGGCUUCGUUGGAACUGUCGUGAAUACCCCCUUCGAUGUCGUGAAAUCUCGCAUCCAAGGUACGGCUAAGGUUCCUGGAGUUACCCCAAAAUAUAAUUGGACAUAUCCUGCAUUAAUGACUAUCAUGCGCGAGGAGGGCCCCACAGCCCUUUACAAGGGCUUCUUGCCAAAGGUCCUCCGUUUAGCGCCUGGAGGUGGCGUGUUACUCCUAGUGGUGGAGUUUACACUUGGAGUAUUCCGGACGGCCCUUGGCCCACCUUACAUAUAAAAUUUGGAGUCGGCACCAUAGACGGGGGAAGGCUGAAACAGCAACGUAGCUAACACAUUGAACCCCCACUAGACCACAUCUUCUGUAAGAAGUUGUAGUACUAAUCGGAACAAAUUUUGAUCCAAGGAUGGAUGAUUCUGAUUC